GAGGAGGAGGAGGAGGAGGAGGAAGGAGGAGGAGGAGCGAGGAGGAGGAGGAGGCUCCCUCCAGGCCCCGCGGCGGCGGCGCGCCCGGCAGUGCGGCGCGCACGACGGAGGAGCAGCAGCGCGGCAGCAGCCGGGCCCGCGGUGUGCGCGCGGAGGAGCGGUCCAUCGAGGUGGACUCGCCGUGGACGCCGCGGUCUGGCUCCGUGUGCUCCGCCUGCCUCUCCGCGGCGCCCUCGGCGUGCGCGUCGCCUUUCAGCCCGUCGCGCGCGAGGGCGCCUGGGGCGGCGCCUGAGCCCGCCGAGAGCCUGGCCGCGGCCGUGCUGGCCGCCACACACAUGCGCUGCGGCGAGGGCGCGCUGAGGUGGUUGGCGGAGCCGCUCCGCGGGGCCCUGGACGCGGUCGCGGAGGCCGAGGCGCGCUGCUCCCGCAGCAGCGGCUACGCGCGGCUGCUGGCCGAGCCGCAGCGGGGGCUGUUCCUGGGCGGCAGGCUGCCGGGAG